AUGCCGCUCGAAGAAGAUCCACAUUUCCAGGCGUGUAACCCGAGCACCUCUCUCCGAUGGCUCGCGCGUCAGCACCCGGCUGUCAAACGCAGCAUUGUUAGGGAUUGCCAAGACCUAGUUCUCAGGGACAACGAAACGUUUGUUAACGAGUAUGAAGCGUCACCAAACACCUGGCAACCCUGGCCUGAGAAUGAUUCACUACCACUCAGUAUUGCCUUCGACACCACAGACCUCCCCAUCCGCCCAAUCGUUGUCCUGCAUUUGUUCUACUGCUACGAUGCGAGUGACAAACAGCUGGAAACCUUCCACGAGGACCUUCGUGAUCUCGGCUACGGAGUCAAGAUUGAGCGACUCAGGACCGUUCUUAGAGAAGGCAAGGCGUAUGCGGAACUGGCGAAGAAACUGCCAGUGGAGUGGUCUCCCUUCGACCUUCCUGCAGACCGGUCGCCGACCAGGCAAUUUUACGAAACUAAGCAAGACUGA